ACGUUGUUAACUAUCUCAAUUAACCAAGAAUUAAUCAAGAAUGGCAGACGUUAAGCAAGAACAUAAUAAAACUGACGAUGUGGAUGCUUAUGGAAUGGGUAAUAGUGCCGAUCCAAAAAAUAUGCAAGAAUUGACGCAAUAUGUGCAGACCUUGCUACAAAAUAUGCAGGACAAAUUUCAAGCGAUAUCCGAUCAAAUUACCGGAAGAAUAGAUGAAAUGGGAAAUAGAAUAGACGAUUUGGAGAAGAAUAUAGCUGAUCUCAUGACGCAAGCUGGAGUUGAAGGAGGUGAAAAAUAAUAUGCUAAUACAUUUUUAAAAAAAAGUGGAGCGACAUUUUUCGUCGAGUGAUAAUCAUUAAUAAAGGCGUCGUACCUCGUCACAAAGAGAUAACAUUUGUGUAAUUAUCAAAAUUUAUAUAUUUAUUUAUAUUCAUUUAUUCGCAAUACGAAUAAACUUGCACUUUUUUGUA